AAUAAACUUGAUUAUAUCUUAAAAAGAAAUUACCGGUGGAUAAUAACACACUGGCUAGUCAAUUUCAUCACAGUACUUACACUGUAUUAAAUCAAUGCAUUCACCAGGAAAUAUUGUUUUAAUUUUACAGAGUUGUCUUUUAGUCUUUGUGAACUCCAGUGAACACAUAUCCACCUUAGCAAUACCAUCAUUGAUGUUGUCAUCAAGUGGUGGAGAGACAGAAAGUGAAAGGGAAGAAAUGAAUGAAUUUAUCAAAAAUUAUACAACUGUACACAAUGAUGACAGGAUAACUAUUGAACAUCUUAUAUCCCAAUUUAUUGAUCUACGCCAACUGAAUGCAUUGGAUAAAGAACAAAGCUCUAAUGAUGAGGCUGGAUCUAAUGACAACAGAAAUACUAACAAUGUUAUAUCAUUAGUUAAUCGUGGAUUAUUAUGUCGAAAAUUAUUAACUGAAUCGCUAAAAAAUGAUUCAGUUAAAGAAGAAGCCUUUUUUAAGCUAUUGAACAUUGAAAAUUCCCCCUUGUUGAAUGAUUCAACAGUGAAACACAAUAAGACAACAACACUGAUUAAUCAUCUAUGCUUUCUUGAGAGUAGUCAGUAUUUCGGACAAUAUUAUUUUACUCAAUGGUCUAAUUCUACAGAAAGAUAUCUAUUAAAAACUAUUCUAAAGGAUACACUUAUUCCAUUGAUAAAUGUUUUAAAUAUUCUAACAAUGAUUUGUUUAAAUUGUCCAGUUUAUAGUGCGCUGAGUCGUAAGAAUAAACAAAUCUCUGUCUGGUUUUUAUUGGCGGCCUAUUCAAUUUUAAAGACAUUGCAUAUAUUUAUAUCAGAUUUACCGAAAUUAAUAGUCAAUUUAUUAAUACUGUAUGGUAAUUAUAUGACAGAGCAGACAGAUUUUAACAGAGAUACUACUACUACACAAAAGAAUAUAGGCGGUAACAAUGUGAGUAGUUAUCAGACAAGUGGUAUUGCUAGUAUUAACGGUAAACUGAAAAAUUUCCAUGGAAUACAAAAUCUGGGCCUUAUUCCAUGCUCAAUAUUUACAUUUUUAGAAUGCGUCCUUGAGUAUACACCCAACUGGAUUAUGGUGAUUUUAGUCUGGGAACAAAUUGUACGAUUUAUUGUUAUAAAGCGGAAUUCUUCAAGCUCUGCACUACCAAAUGAAACUUAUUGUCCCUUGUAUGCUUAUCAUGUAGAUAGAAAAUGUAGACAGAAGUCAAGCGUGAGUUUUAAUUCACAAAUAACUCAACAAUCUAGUGACUUUAUGUAUCGUAUCAGAGCGGAUAAAUGUCAGGAAUGUGUGAAUGAUGAAAUAGUGGAAAGGGGGGAUUUGUCGACAACAUCUCAGCAACAACAACAACAAAGACAACAACAACGACAGUGUGAUGAGAGCUAUUCACAAUCGGUUACAUUGAAUAAUGUGUGUAAUAAGGGAAAGUUAUCAAAUUGUAGCUCAAAUUUCAGAGUAACGCAUUACGCCAAUAGUCAUUAUCAGACGCAUACCAAUGUGAACACAGAUUCUGUGAUAGAUGGUGGACUUACCAUAUUUGGUGCAAAAUUAAUUACAAUUACAAUAAUUGUCUUACAAGUAUUUUUAAAUGUUCAUUCAAUAUGGCUGCAUCAUUAUUCAAAUGGAAAGUGUGAAAUUGAUUUGGAAAAGCAUUCACCAAUUUUCACCUACGUUUAUCCGUAUCUGUUAAGGGUGAUUCACUGUUCAGUCCCAAAUUUUGGAUGCUUCAUUGGAGUAAUUGUCUAUACAGUCUACUAUUUCAAGAAUCGCGGAAGAAAUAAAUCUCAACCGGCUAACAUCCUACCAAAAGUUAAAUAUGAUUCAAUAGAUUUAAAAGGCCGCAGUGUUUCAAAUGACGGGGAUUGUGACGAGUUGAUUACAAUUCAAUUGGAAGAUAAUUCACUUACCAAGUUAACACCAACUGGUACACCUUCCAUUUACAAAAAGUCAGAAUAUAAUAGAAUGUUCAGAGUGGUUAGAAUAAAAGAUUGUUCUAUCCUCCUCUCGUGUUCAUUGUCACCCAGACAAAGCCGAGUAUAUGCAGCACAAAUGACUCCUGCCUCUGUGAAUUCAGGUAACUGUGACAGUAGCCAUAAACAGCAACAGCAACAAAAGAAGCAACAGAAAGGAAGUAAACUGCUAAAGCAUUCCAUUUCCUUUUGGAGUAAAACCAUGGCGACGACGGCAACCACCACCUCCUCGCUCCUCGAACUCCUCCACUUGCUCAUUACUAAAGUCAGUCAACACUGGCCGGUACUUAG